UAUCCAAACCAACUACCAAAAAAACAUUUUGUACUUCCAAUAGCAAAACAACAGUUAAUACAUAGCUUUGUUACACCAAUUUCUUCAGCUUUCUAGGUUUAUUACCUAUUUCCUACUUGCUUUUUUGACCAAAAUAUCAGAAAAAAUGUCGCAUUACCAGAACCAAUAUGGUGCAACAGGCCAAACUGAUGAAUAUGGCAACCCAAUUCGCCACACCGACGAAUAUGGCAACCCAGUUAAUCGCACCGACAACACUGGCACCUAUGGAACUGGAGGGCAUGGUACUACCACGGGAUAUGGUACGGGAUAUGGUACUGCCACCACCGGUACCGGCGUUGGCGGUAAUUAUGGCCAGACCCAGCAGCACAAGGAACACGGCCAUGGUGGUACUGGAGUGCUGCAUCGCUCUGGUAGCGGAAGCUCUAGCUCUUCGGAGGAUGAUGGUCAAGGCGGGAGGAGGAAGAAGGGGCUUAAAGAUAAAAUAAAGGAGAAGCUGCCUGGCGGUAACAGGGGCGACCAGACUCAUACAGGUGCCACUACGACUCCUGGAGGUGGAGGUUACAACCAGACUCAUACAGGUGCCACUACGGCUCCUGGAGGUGGAGGUUACUACGAUGCAUCGAGGGAGCAACCUGAGAAGAAGGGAAUGAUGGAGAAGAUCAAGGAGAAGCUUCCUGGGCAGCACUAGGUUGUUUUAAAUAAUAUCUAUGUCUGUGUGCGUGAAUAUAUGGUGACUAAUAAAAAUUAAGAAGUAUAUAAAACUACUAUAAACUCUGGUUUGUCAGGGACGAGCGAGUCUGAAAUGGCCGGGAGGUUCAUUAUUGCAAACAGGCUCAUAUGCUGUGUAUAAUAAGUGAUGUUUGCUCCUGUUUAGUUAACAUCAUGAUGCUUUAGAUUAUGUAGUAUGUGCUUGGCAGGCUUUGUUAUGUGUUCCAUUUGGUACUACUACGUAUUUCAAGAGUUUCUAUUUUA